UUUACAAAAACCUCUAAUGAAAGUCUUCUAUAGACACCUCUCUCCUUCUUCUUGAGUUGGCCAGACCCUGUAAACACACUCUUUCUCUCUCUUCAAGCUUUCUCUCUCUAAAAAACUAAAAAAUAUAAAACCCUUUAUGUUUCAUGUGUUCCCGAUACAUGUUUAACGUGAUUGAACCGAUACGCUCCCUUUAAUCAAUCCUUUCUCUCUCUAAAGUCAACAUGCACAAAUCUCAGUUGAUCCAUUUCUUUAUAUGAAAAAUUCCUUCAUUCUUCAUCAUAAAAGCUAUUGACUUUUUAAAGGAUCGUUCAGAGUAAUAUGAAGAACAACGAAGAACAAUCUCGAUCUCUGUUUGGCAUUUCUCUCUCUGAUCGACCAAAAUGGCAACAAUUUCUCAUCUGUUCUUCGGGGUUUUUCUUUGGGUAUCUCGUUAAUGGUGUUUGUGAGGAAUAUGUAUACAAUCGACUUAAAUUCAGUUAUGGUUGGUAUUUUACAUUCAUUCAAGGAUGGGUUUACCUUGCUUUAAUUUACUUGCAAGGUUUCACCACCAAGCAAAUGGUGAAUCCAUGGAAGACAUAUGUGAAGCUUUCAGCAGUACUCAUGGGUUCUCAUGGUCUCACCAAAGGGUCUUUAGCUUUCCUAAAUUACCCUGCUCAACUCAUGUUUAAAUCCACCAAGGUUCUUCCGGUGAUGGUGAUGGGGGCGUUUAUCCCUGGGUUAAGACGAAAAUACCCUCCGCACGAAUAUGUAUCCGCUUUGCUUCUGGUGGUGGGUCUAAUACUAUUCACACUUGCGGAUGCAAAUACUUCGCCUAAUUUUAGCAUUCUUGGUGUUGUUAUGGUUUCUGGUGCUUUGAUCAUGGAUUCAUUUCUUGGGAAUUUUCAAGAAGCUAUCUUUGCAAUGAAUCCCAAUACAACUCAGAUGGAGAUGCUAUUUUGCUCAACUGUUGUGGGUUUGCCUUUUUUGAUUCCUCCAAUGCUUUUGACAGGGGAAUUAUUCAAAGCUUGGAGUUCUUGUUGGCAGCAUCCUUAUGUCUAUGGCGUGUUGAUAUUCGAAGCAAUGGCGACAUUUAUCGGGCAGGUUUCCGUCCUUUCCCUCAUUGCCUUAUUUGGAGCCGCCACCACUGCCAUGAUAACAACGGCUAGAAAGGCGGUGACAUUGUUGCUAUCUUACUUGAUCUUCACAAAGCCAUUAACGGAGCAACAUGGAACUGGUUUGAUUCUAAUUGCAAUGGGAAUCGUGUUAAAAAUGAUCCCAGAGAACAAACCAACUCCAAGAAUGGUUCAGAAGAGGAAAGAAGUGCCUUUGGGUAAUAAUGAUGAAAACGAAGAGGAAGAGGAAAGGAGACCUUUGGUUUAAUUCUUAUAUAUAUAUAUAUAUAUAUAUUAUUUUUGUGUUUAGGUAAAUUUUAUUUGGUUUUGUGGGCAUGAACAAUAAUGGAAAAAGGGUCUAUUGGGUACAUUAGGUUUUAAGUCCAUUAUAAUGAUUUUAUUUAUACAUAUUGAUAUAAGCAUCUUCAAAACGCAUAUGCAUACCAAAUGUAGACACAGCAUAUGCAUAGAACAUGGGUUGUUUAAAACUUUCUAUUUUGAGAAUGAAAUACCACAAAGGGAUUUUCAAUAAUGCAGUGUAAGAAGGGAAAGGCACAAGUUACAAAAAAAGGUGUUGCAGUAAGAUAUUUCAAGAUCCAAAUUCCAUCUCAAUGAAUCAUAAAUAACUCCCCCAUGGGUUGUUUAAAGUUUCUAAUUUUAGAUUGAAUUUUCUACAAGAGGAUGUUCAGUAAUGCAAGUUACGGAAGUGAAUGCACAAGUUACAAGCCAAACAAAAUUUUUAAAUUUAUAGUUUCCAUUUUACUUAUUUAUAUAUUUGUAAAGAGUGCAGAUGCGUAUAUUUACUUUCUUAUAUCAGUGAAAUACACGGAAACCUAUUAUAGAUGUUUUCAACAAGAAAUUUCGUAAAAGGAGUUGUAAAAACCAUUCAAUCAUAUCG